CCACCAGCUCCUCGAGGAGUACCCAAAGUAGAUGUAACAUUCGAUUUGGAUGCUAAUGGAAUUUUGAAUGUGACUGCAAAGGAGAUGAGCACCGGAAAUGCUAAGAAUAUUACUAUAAAGAACGAUAAGGGACGGCUUUCACAAGCAGACAUCGAUCGUAUGGUAAAUGAAGCUGAGAAAUAUGCCGAAGAAGAUGAAAAACACCGUCAACGCAUAGCUGCUCGUAAUCAACUUGAAAGUUAUGUGUUUGGUGUGAAACAAGCUGCUGACGAAGCGGGAAGUAAAUUAAGUCAAUCAGAUAAAGAUCGAGUACUGGAGAAAUGUAACGAGACAAUUAAAUGGCUUGAUGGCAAUACCACUGCCGAAAAGGAGGAGUUUGAGUAUAAGCUGGAGGAGCUAACGAAAAUAUGUAGUCCAAUUAUGACAAAAAUGCACCAGCAAGCCGGAGGUGCUGGUUCGCAACCUGGUAAUUGCGGUCAACAAUCUGGUGGUUUUGGCGGUGGUAAUU